AUGGAGGAGCAAUUCAUACUUAGGGUUCCACCGUCAGUUUCAGAGCGAAUUGAUCGGCUUUUGAGCGAAGAGGCCUCUACUUCCGACGAAAUCCCUUUAGAUUUGUGCUUUUCAGAGGACGGAAGAAGCGGGACGUUUGUGAUCGGAAACGAAGAGUUUCCAGCUUCUCUGCUUGACCUUCCUGCUGUUGUUGAGUCUUUCAAAACUUAUGAUGAUUGUGCGUUAGUCAAAACUGCUGAUAUUGGGCAGAUGAUCAUGGUUAGGGAGGCUGGUGAUCCUGCGCCUAAUACAGUUGAAUACAGACAUGGUCUCACUCCUCCAAUGAAGGAUGCUCGGAAGAGAAGAUUUCGUCGAGAGCCUGACCUUAAUCCGGAGCUUGUACAGAGGGUUGAGAGAGACUUGCUUAACAUCUUGAGUGGCGGAACUGUCGAAAACGUAAAUGAGCAAGAAGAAACAGUAGCGACCGAGAAUGCUAGUAAUGGAAAUAAGAAAGUGUCUUCUUCUUCACCUGCUGCUACACCUGUUGAAAAGCCUGAAGCGCCUGAGACGGGGACUAACAAUAAUACUAAUGAUAAUAAUCCAGCACAAGUUGAGCCGGAGAGAAGUGAAUCAGAAGAUUCUGAUGAUUCAAUGUGA